GUUAGUCAUAUCGUUGAUUGUAGAAUUCAGUCAUCUGUCUGAAGUCAUUUAUUUACGAUAUCGCGAGAAUAAGAGGUGUAAAAUUGUGUAAUAGCAAAAUAUUGUUACACUAACUUACAGAUAAAAAAUAAAUACAAUUUCUUUAGACGUGUGCAAGGUUUUGGUAAACAGCAGUUCGAAAAAUCAACAAAUUGUGCAGAAGAGUGGAGUAUAAGAGGGCGUGUUCCCCGUACAACUUUUUCCGCUAUGGUUGGAAUUAUUGACGAUACUUGUUUACACUAUCCCAUUGGCACGCGUAUUAAAGUUGGCGAAAAUUAUGGCACAGUUAGAUAUGUCGGUGAAGUAACAGGCUACAAUGGUUUAUGGCUGGGGGUAGAAUGGGAUGAUCCUCAACGUGGCAAACACAAUGGAUGCGUCAAUGGCAGGCACUACUUCCAUACACAGUACCCAAAUGCUGGCAGCUUUGUGCGUCCUGGUAAAGUUGGUCCCUUCGAAUCACUUGAAGACGCAGCUAGAGAACGAUACUUAGAUUACUCAGCUGAAAGUAGUUUGGAUUUAUCGUUGAUACGCGAAGCGCAGCAAAAAAUGCAAGCUAGUUUCUUUGAAGUGGUGGGCAUGGAUAAGAUAGCGCGCAAGCAAAGUAAAUUUGAACAACUGUCGGAAGUAAGUGUAGAUAAUUGCCCGAUUAAUGAAGCCGGCUACUUGAAAGACUUUCAAGUUCUCACCACAUUAAAUAUUAGUUCGACACUUGUUUGGAAUUGGAAAAUUGUCGCUGAUAUUUGCAAACAAGUGCCGACUUUGAUGGAUUUGAAUUUAAGUUGUAAUCGCCUCGUAUUGCCGACGGAUGCACAAAUUAAAGAGCUAGAACCCACAUUCAGGAAUUUGAAAUGUAUUAAUCUACGUAAUUGCGGUUAUAAUGACUGGGCCAAAGUGAUACAGACAGCUAAAUUGUGGCCGCAAAUAGAAGUUUUGGCUCUCCAAGAGAAUCCGUUAACCGAACUAGCUGAGAUUAACAGCAACGAAGUCUUCAAAUCCCUAAGAGAACUGGACUUACAUCGUACAAAAAUUAUGGAUUUUGAUCAAGUAUGCAAAUUAGGAAAUAUCACAACACUGAAAACAUUAAAUCUUAUGGAAAAUGGCAUUGAAGAAAUUAAGCUACCUGACUGUGAACCGAAUGCAAAACUUCAAAUAUUUGUGGCUUUAGAACAACUUAAUUUACUCUAUAAUCCCAUAUGGAAUGAAGCAGAAACGUUUAAUGAGUUGGAUAAGUUGCCUAGCUUGAAGCGCCUUAAUAAAACACCUCACUUAAAAUCUGAUUUUGAUGAGAUGUUUUCUAAAGCGGUCGGCAUGAUAACGAAUUUAGAAAUGCUUAAUAAGAUUGAAGUAACCGCAGAAGCGCGUCGCGAUGCCAGUUACGAUAUUUGGAAGCGGUAUGCUAUGGAAUGGUUGCAGGCAGCCGAUAAACCGGAACUUUUGCAAGAUUUCUACAAAAAACACCGGUCAUACGCCGCUAUAAUACAAAAGUAUGGUUCGCCUGCUGAAUUUGUUGUGCGACCUAAUGUUAAACAAUCCAAUUUAAUUAAGAUUCGUGUACUCAACCAGCAAACUGGAGAAAUAUGGGAGAAACGUGUACCGCGCAUGAUUACAGUACAAACUUUACAGGGUCUAGUUGCGAAACAUUUUCAGACGGUAAUGAACGCCAAUGGCAGUUUACCGCAGCUUACCUAUAUUGAUGCUAAAUAUCCCGAACUAAUGGUGCCGAUGGACAAUAGCGCUAAAACAUUAGAUUUCUACAGUGUUCAGGAUGGAGACACGGUUAUUGUGAAGUAGUAAUGUAAUUUCAAUAACUUGCAUAUUAAUCGAAUUAUUUAAAAUUAUAUGUACAUUGUUAUUUUU